AUGUCGAACCGUUCCGACGACUCGUUAGAUCCGCUUUUCCACUACGAGCCGAGCUGUAUAGACGCCGAGGCGAGGGGUGCGAUGGAUUCUUCCGAGGCGUCUGCUUCGCCGAGCCGUUCUCACCGUUCAUCUGACGAGGCGUCAAAUGAUGAAAACCCAUCAGAUGUCGGCUCUCCGGAUGGCGAGCCGUCGGUUUCGACGAGCCGUCCCCAGGAUCCCGUUCCUAAAGAGGGCAUUAACCGAGCCGCGCUCAAGGCCGAGGAGGAGGCAUUUCCCUUUGAUCUUUUCGAGGCGAAGCUUGAGUUGGAACGCCUCCUGGCGUCCCGAGGUGCUUCCACAUCUGGGCGAGCUCCGAGACUCGAAGUGUUGAGGCAUCGCUUCGGAAUAUCCGAGGUGGUGGAGUUCGUUGUCCCAGAGAAAAGCAACCGCGCCGACAACCCUCCAGAGAAUCAUUUCACUCUGUACGAGGCGUUCUUCGAGCUUUGCUUCCUCUGGUUCCCAAUCCCCGAAGUGAUCCUCGAAUACCUUUGGAAACACGGGAUCUCGAUCGGGCAGAUUAUGCCGAGGGGACUGCGGCAUAUGAUCGGCAUUUUAGUCCGAAGCUUCGAAUGCGGUCUUGACUUUGAGCUGAACCACCUGCUGAACUUGCUGGAAAUCAGGAAGGCUCCGAAAGGAAACAGGUUCUAUAUUUCCAACAAGGCGAAACGACGGAUUAUCGGCGGUUUUCCCAGCAAGGACCAGCUCUGGACUGAAAGCUUCUUCUAUGUUUUAGUGAACGAGGCGUCGGUCGGCGAGGAUUACGUUUGCCGAACCAAGACCGCUUGGGGACCACUUGUUCGUUGCUAUCUUCCCCCGAUUCCCGACGAUCUGUUCACCGUUCGAGAUUCUCUUUCGGCGCGGAAAGUUAACUGGAGAAAGAAUUUCACCCUCGAGAGGGUAGAGAAGGCGCGAGCCAUUCUUGCAGGAGUUCCCGUCAGCUCUUCAUCCUCCAGUUCCUCCAGAGAUACCCGCGAAAAGAUGGUGAUCUUAACCCUCCGAGAAAGGAAGAGACGCAAACAGGAAGUAGCCGCUAGACAAACUGCCGAGGCAGCUCGGGCGCAGGCCGAGGUGGUUCCGGCGCAAGCCGAGGUGAUUUCGGCGCAAGCCGAGGCCACCCCUCAAACCGACCCGCCGAACCGUGAUGAGACGACCCGAGCUGCGGAGGGCGUCAGGGGGCGAUUCGGCGGUUCAGAACAAAGAGCCUUCGAACUCCACUAUUCUAGCCCUCCCGAAGUCGACGAGGCCCCCGACUUCCGUCGUGCAGAAACACGACCCGAGCCGAAACGUUCGGCUGCUGAUAAAGGGAAGGGGGUCGCAGUUGAGAGGGACGAGGCGUCCAAGAAGAGACGGAAGCCGACGCCCGGAGAAUCCGCCGCGCGCAAGUUGGUCGUCGAUGACCCCGACGCCUCCGCCAUAAUGUUCUCGCGUGUAAAUAACGCGAACACGCGUCUUCCUCCUCCGGAGAAGUUGAGGAGGCCGAGGUCAUACGGCGCAAUGGCGCAGCGCGGGACCAAGUUUGUCGCGGCCAUUAACGACCUAAUGGCCGAGUACGAGGCGGACCUGUCUAAGGUCGAACGUCGCUUGGCCGAGGCCAAAAUUGAGUCCGCAUCGUCGAAAACGAAGCUGGAAGAGGCUCAGACCGAAGCCGCGGCGGUAAAGGGGAAACUGGACGAGGCGACGGCCAGGGCGUCCAGGCUGGAAGAGGAGAAGAUCGUUCUGCGUGCAAACGUAGAUAAAGUCUCCGCCUCGGUCAUUCGCCUUGAGGAGGCGCGGAGAGCCAAAAGUGCCGAGGUGGCGAUGCUGAAGAGGCGUAUCGAGGCCAAGGAUGCCUUGUUUGAUGCUAAGGUCAAGAGGGCGAAAAAGGAGGCGAGGCGAGAGCUUACAGCGAAGUUUCAAGAACGCCUCGCCAAGGUGGAGGAGGGUCUGGUUCGGCUUGAAAAAGCCAAAAAUGACGAGAAUGAUCUGAGACAGAUCAAGGGCAAUCUGGCGAUGAUUGCCGACCUGAAGAAACCAGAUGCCCCGACGCUCGACGACGAGGAAGCAAAGCUGAAAAGCUGGGAGAGUGAGUAUGCCGACGAAGAGGCGUACGAGCGCAUUGCUUCCGAGAUUCGGGGCGAGCUGUACUAUUCCCCCAUAUCGCCGGACUCGGUCGACACCACCCUCGGGAACGAGCCGCUCGUAGAGACAGCGGCUAACUUAGGUGUGGUGGACCCGAACGGAUCGAACGCGGGCACGCCAGUCCUCUCGAACCUCUUCGCCGAACGUGAGACGCAGUCCGCGGCCUGA